AUGGCUCAUCAAGCUCGUAUCAAUACCGUCGUGGAGUCUCUUACUAGAGGUCCUCGUAACGUCGUUUUCCCUCAAAAGAAUGGCCAAGUUCAACCCGUUUCCGAGGUCUUUGGUCAAAAUGUCUUUACACGUACUGAGAUGGCCAAGAUGUUGCCCAAGCCCGUUUACAAGACCUUCAUCCAAACCUUGAAGGGUAAGAGCACCAUUGACAAGGUUACUGCUGAUGCCAUUGCUCAUGCUGCCAAGGUCUGGUCCAUUGAGCGUGGUGCCACUCACUUUACUCAUUGGUUCCAACCUUUGAACGAUUCUACUGCUGAAAAGCAUGAUUCCUUCUUGACCCUCAAGUCUUCCUUUGUUGAUGGCUCUGAAGUUGUUACUGCUAUUGAUACCUUCUCUGGUUCUCAAUUAUUACAAUCUGAACCUGAUGCUUCAUCUUUCCCUUCAGGUGGUAUGCGUAGUACUUUUGAAGCUCGUGGUUAUACUGUUUGGGAUACCAAGAGUCCCAUGUUCAUUCAAGAAGGUCCUCACGGUACUUCUGUCCUCUAUAUCCCUUCCGUCUUUAUCUCCUACAACGGUGAAGCUUUGGAUGAAAAGUCCGUCCUCUUGAGAUCUUCCGAGGUUUUGGAACGUGUCGCUCUUGAAGUGCUCAAUGCCAUUGAACCCAAGGAUUCCGACUCUCGUUCUGAACUCGUCUACACCACCCUCGGUACUGAGCAAGAAUACUUCUUGAUUGAUCGUUCUCUUUAUACUCUUCGUCCUGAUCUCAAGAUCACUGGUCGUACCUUGAUUGGUGGUCUCCCUCCCCGCCAUCAACAAUUGGAGGACCAUUACUUUGGUAAGAUCCCUACUCGCGUCUUGUCUGCCAUCAGUGAAUGUGAGUUGGAACUCGCCAAGUUGGGUGUCCCCAUCAAGACUCGUCAUAAUGAAGUCGCUCCUGCCCAAUUCGAAGUUGCCCCCAUCUUUGAAGAAGCUCUUUUGGCUGUUGAUCACAACUUGUUGACCAUGGAUGUCUUGCACCGUGUUGCUCAUCGUCACAAGCUCAAGGUCUUGUUCCACGAGAAGCCUUUCCAAGGUGUCAAUGGUUCCGGUAAGCAUUGUAACUGGAGUAUGUCCACUGAUAAGGGCGACAACUUGUUGGAUCCCUCCAGCACUCCCGAAACCAACUACCGUUUCUUGAUCUUCUUGGUUGCCACCCUCAAGGCCGUCUUGGAUCACGGUGAUCUCUUGCGUGCUGGUAUUGCCUCUGCCUCCAACGAUCAUCGUCUUGGUGCUCAAGAAGCUCCCCCAGGUAUCAUCUCUGCUUUCUUGGGUUCUCAGUUGACCGAAGUGCUCGACGCUGUUGAGGAAAACCGCCCUGUCAACUACGGUGCUGCCGGUCUCGAAUUCCAACACGUUCGUGUCAAGGGUACCGUUCUCGAUUUGAAGGUUGCCAACUUGCCUCCCAUCUCUCGUGAUUUGACUGAUCGUAACCGUACAUCACCUUUUGCCUUCACUGGUAACAAGUUUGAGUUCCGUGCUGUCGGUUCCAAGCAAUCUCCUUCUUUCCCCAUGACCUUGUUGAACUCUGCUGUUGCCAAGGCUUUGACUGAAAUUUUGGCCGAUUUGAACGAACUCAAGGGUGACAAGCCCGUUGCUUCUGUUGAUGAGCAACUUCAAGUCAUUCGUAAGUACAUCAAGUUGACCAAGGCUGUUCGUUUCGAGGGUGACAACUACUCUGACGAGUGGGUCCAAGAAGCCGCCAAGCGUGGUUUGGCCAACAUCACCAAGAGUCCUGCUGCUUUCGAGCGUCUCUUGAGAAAGGAAAACGUCGACAUGUUGAAGGAAGUUGGUGUCUUUUCCGAUGCUGAAUUGAACUCUCGUUACCACAUUUUGAUGGAGAAAUAUGCCAAGGAUAUCACUAUUGAAGCCCAAACCAUGAUCACCAUGAUCAUCCAACAAGUGUUGCCUGCUGCUUUCGAGUACAGACGCAACUUGGCUGAAGCUGCUUCCUUCAUGAAGACUGUUGGUGUUGAAUCCUCUCCCGAAGUCGAUUUGUUGAACGAAUUAACCCCUAUUGUCGGUACUCUUCAAAAGGACAUUACUGCCCUUAAAUAUCUCAUGGUGGAUCUCCUCAAGGUCAAUGAUAUCGUUGAAUUGGCCAACGCCUGUUGCGAACAAGUCCUCCCCAAGAUGGGUGCUAUUCGUGAAUUGGCUGACAAGUUGGAACGCAAUGUCGCUGACAAGUUGUGGCCUUUGCCCAAGUACACCGAGUUGUUCUUGAACAUCUAA